AGCAGAAAAGCAGGAAAUGUGACAGUGUAGUUUUCCGCUUCCAUAAACAAGACAGCUGCCAGAGUUAGCCGCCAGUCCUGUGUGUGCCUCUGGGCUGAGUCUCCCUCUGAGGGAGACAGACUGACAGAGAAAGUGAGCAAGGGACAAAAAAGAGGGAGAAAGUGAGAGAACAGGAAAGAGGGGAGGCAGAAAGACAGGAAAACCCAUCAGAAAAAAAGAAAGAACUGACACAAGAAGAGGAGAAAGGAGAAGAAGAGGGAGUAAAAUACAGACUGAGUUGCGUCUCUCUCCUUCUCCUCCAACAGAAGAGAUAAAGUCAUGGCCGAGAACAACACAAAUCUUUUUCUGGAAAUACUUCAGUCUUUCGAUGCUGUCCCUCUGAUCAUAGCUUUCUGUGUGUCCAUGGCUGUGGGCUUGGUCUUGGGGGCCCUGGUUUACGUGAUCCUGACCUGGAUGUCCCGACGCAGAGCAGGCUCUGCCAGCAUCACCCGCCGCCCGCCUCGCCAAUCGCGCGCCUCUGCCCGAAACCGCCCAGGCUUUAACCGCAACAGCAGCUACGACCGGCGGAGCAACAACAGUUUGGUCAGCGCUGCUUUCAGCUUCCACCGCCAGACCUCCUCCCCAGAUCACCUCGACCCGCUCGGGCACAAAUCCAGCUUCAGGGCCUCCACCUUCCACCCUCUUCUCCAGUGCAGUCAAAUCGCAAGGGAGGCAGAGGAGGGAAGCCAGACCACGCUGCCUCGCACCCCGACUCUGACCACAACAGCCGGGUCAGCUCAAACUGCAGCUCAGCCAGCUGCUACCCCUCCCAGACCUGAGUCAUUUUGGGGGAACAACGGCCUGAGGGGUCUUCACGCUACACAGACCCCACCUCCAGCUUAUGAGAGCAUUAUCAGAGCUUACCAGGAAACAUGCACCUGAGAGGAAUCGGAGCAGCAUACCAACACUAACUGAAUGAGCCCAGAGUUGUAAAUGGAUUUACAAAUGAUAUUGGACUAAAGCUGUAUUGAUUUAUAUGACCAGGUGGAGUUGGGUGGAGUGAACAAGGAAGUCAAGGUCAACUGUGCGUCCUGCUCGACACAGCAACACUCUGAAUCAGUUCUGUAUGUCUUUUGGUUAGUUAAUAUAUAUCUGGUGUUGACAAAAGCAUACUUGCCUUUCAUCGUUCAUUGCUGACGUAAAAUAUUUAAAAAACAUAAUUUGACACUUUUAAUAAUGUGGAAAUGGCUCGUUUAUGUAAGAACAGAAAUUAUUCCUUUUAAAAAAUUAGCAGCCUGUAUUUAAUGAUGAUUGACACUAAUGUAUGCUUGCACAGAAUCUUUGUUUAGUUUAGACAAGGCAAAAAUCUACAAAUACAUACUGCUGAGUGGGCAUUUAUCAUACAAGGCAAAACUCCUGCUUUUGCCCUGCUGAUCAUCUAACAACUAUGCAAAAGCGAGAAGGAUUGUGUGAGUGUACCCCAAAGGAAGACGAGUGUUAGUGUGUUAACCUGUAAUUAAUAUACUGUGGAGGCGUCACUGACGUAGCUAUGCAAAACCUAGUGGAGACAGCUUUAAACACAUUUGAUGUUUUAAUUGCUGCCUCACACAUGUUUUUUACAGAGCUGUGGUGUGUGUGUGUGUGUGUGUGUGUGUGUGUGUGUGUGUGGUGUGUGUGUGUGUGUGUGUGUGGCAUUCAAAGUAAUUUAGUGUCCGUGUGUUUGCAUGUACAGUAUGUGUGAGCACGAGAGAGACACAGAAAAGAGGGCAUUAAAUGCAAGAAGUUUUUGUAUGUUAUGUAUGUUUGAAUGUAAUUUACUGAACUCUGCUCAUAAGUUAAUGCAAUAAAAGCAAGAAUCAAA